AAAUACCAGAAAUUUUCAUGAUGGAUAACUCAAUUUUCAACUGCUCAAUUUGAUGAUACAAGUAUAAUGAACUAGGCAGGAGGCCGAUCUCUCUCCCUUGAGGGCAUGUCUUUUGCAGAGAGUGUGUACAUAAGCUUGCACAGUAUAGUCCUGAGGCGAGCAGAGCAGUGCCAAACUCUGCAGCUUCACAUGAAGAGAAAAUUAUUGUCUGCCCUAGUGAUAAAUCGGUGCAUAAAAUUGUCAUCAAAAAUCUUCCAAUUUGUUUCGCUAUUCUUCAGCAUUUGCCAGGAGUAAAGGAGAGUAAAGAGUUCGGGCAGAUGUUCAAAGACAAGGCUUUGCAGCUGCCCAAUGAUAACUCAGACCUUGACUCUCUCCGUAAAGAGUUCAAAUUAGUGUACAAAUAAAUCUACAGAUGAGUACAAGAAGUGCAAAGUAUGGGGUGAUACACUCAACAAGGUGGGCAAACGUUUGGAGGAGAACCUCCAUGAACAGAUUACCAACAUAAACAUCUGUUUUGACAACAUUUCCAUGGCUCUAAGUAAAAAGCGCCAGGCCUUGAUUUCUGAGCUGAAAGACCACUGUGAACUAGAGAAAACAAAUAUUGAGAAAGAGAAAUACAAGCGCAAGAAGAGGCUUGAUAGAUUGUUCGAAGUCUACAUCGACUUGAAGAAAGCAGACAAAACUCAUGACAUGGACUAUCAGAAGGUAUUGUGCACUUUGAAGCGCAACCAACAGAGGCUCAAUGCUAUUGAAGAUUUCACCCAGGAUUUCUAUACAAAAGUUCUCCUUUUUGAUGAGAAUAUUCAAAUUCAAGAAUCUGGCUCCAUUUUUACCAGGGGUAAGACCAUCACCGAUGAGGAGAUUGCUAAAGAGGUCCGUGGAAAAUCUGUUGAUACAAGGAUUAGUAAGGACACACUUGAAGACUUUGGCAACUUUGUAAAGCAUCCUAGUUUUGAAUGCAACCAUUCAAAUGCAGCUAAAUUAUCUAAAUUCAGGAGAGAGAAUGAGGUUUUAAGAGAAAGCAAUCAUAACUCUACCUCUCCUCUAGUCUUUCGAAACAGUGCUGCUAAAAAGACGAAUUUGAAUCAUUUUGGCUCAAAUAAGAAGAGCCUGGUCCUAUCAUAUGCCAAGAAGCACAUCAGAAAUGGGAAUAACAAGAUUAAGAAGAGAGACUUUUUAUCCAAAAACAAUAAUUCUGAAUUCUUGAACAUUAAGAAUAAUUGUUCUAUGUUUAAGGUAAGCGAGAGCGGACUUAGGAAGGCAGCAAGCUUCUUUGAACGAGAGAGACUCUCUUCAAACCAAAUGUCUCAAAAUCAGUUCACCCUUGACAAGAAAGAUAAUGGAAUCGAAAAGUAUGCCAAGGCGCCUAUGGGGAAGAUUUCUGAGAUCCCUCAUACUCAGAGGAGCCAGAUCAGCAACUUUGAGCCUGUGAUGAUCAAGAAAUCAAAGAGUAGCUCACGCUAUGCUAACGAUUUGUGAAGCUCGGACGAAAAAGACUGCUCCCUACACUUCAAAGAUGUACAAGCUAAGGAGCCAAGACUUUAUUCAGAGCAAGUUAUGAAAAGAUCUAAAGAAGAGGCCGAUAUCAUCAAAUCAUUGGCGAAGGACGAGUUCAACCCUUUCUUGAUCAAUGGCCAGGGUGGGAUCAAGAUCAGCCACGAAUAUAGUGAGAAAAUCCCUAGGAAGAUGCUUAGCAGAAUAAUCGGGCUUUCUAAUGAAGACCAUUUUGAUGCUAAAGGCACAAUGGAAAAGUUGAAGAAUGAAGAUACAAAUUCUCGAUGUGAUGUUAACAUUGAAUGUACCCCUAGUAGCAAAUAUGAUAAAGGCUUGAGUCCUCCAGAGUCUAAUGAAGGCCUCCCUUUGCCUCCUAAUCCUCUUGAAACUAAGGAAGAGUUUAAAAGUCCUGUCAUGCGAAAAAUUCCUAGGACUAAAGAUGCUAAGAAGGACUACAAGAGUAGCCUGUUUAAUCCAAAAAAAAACCUGAAGUUUAGUGCUAAUAAACAAAAGAAGGAGAAAUGCUGAGCCAGAAGAUUAAGACAAGACUACGCUUGAAAGAAUAGGAAAGAAAUGAAUCUCUCUGAAAAAGAGAACAUCAUCAAUGAAGCUUUGAAGAAACAAAAUGCGCCAAAAGCCAAGCAGAAGAAGGUCAGGAAGAAAUUCAAAAAGAAGAAUUUGGACCAAUCUUUUUAG